UGAGUCGUUGAGUGUGCCUGGUGAAGAUUUGUGUUCGCUAUUGGAAAAUAAUAUAAUUGAUGCAGAUAAUAUAAAUAAUAUAUAGUUACAUACUUAUAUUUGACUAAUUCAGAAAUGCUUCGCCGGCCAUAUAUUCACCUCGUAACUGCAGCUUUAUUGCUGUGCGCUUCUGCCAAACCACAACAAUCAAACACACAAGCAAAUCCCGAUUUGGAUAAAACUAUUAAGGAUAUAUUUUCGCAAAACCCCUCUACGCCAGUUCAAGGUGCCGGCACUGGCUUUGGUAAAAUUGUUACCCCCGAGCCUGUGGAUCCCACACAACCGCAAAUAGAUUUCAAUUCGACGAGUGGUAGGGGACCGUGCAAUUGUGUACCUUAUCACAUGUGCGAUCCAUCGUCGGGCACUAAAACUACUCCAGUCGAGGAUGGUGAAUUUGACGGUUUCGGCUCGAUUGACAUUCGCUUCAACAACGAUGAUCCGGUGUGUGAACAUUUCCUUGAUGUCUGCUGCGGUAGCCAAAAUCAGCAUCGUGACAGUCUCACGCCCAAACCGCAAGAGCAGCGUCCCGAGCGUCCAAAAGGAUGUGGCAUACGCAAUGUUGGAGGAAUUGAUUUCAACAUUACUGGCGCCUUCGACAACGAAGCAGGCUUCGGCGAAUUUCCUUGGACUGUGGCUUUGCUGCAUGCCAGCAAUUACAGUUACUUCUGCGGCGGCUCACUCAUUCAUCCUCAAGUGGUGCUUACGGCAGUACAUUGUGUGAUUGGACGCGCGGAUUCGGGUUUCCUGGUACGUGCCGGUGAAUGGGACUCGCAGACCACCAAAGAGCGCUUGCCAUAUCAAGAGCGCAGUGUGCAACGCAUCAUUACACAUCCCAACUAUAAUCCACGAAAUGUCGGCAACAAUUUCGCAUUGGUAGUGCUAAGUCAAGCAUUUGUAUUGGCCGAUCACAUUAAUGUUAUUUGCCUGCCCAAUCAAAAUGCAGCACCGUUUGCCAACGCUCAGUGCUUCGCCAACGGUUGGGGCAAGGACAUUUUCGGUGAGGCUGGCCGAUACAGCGCCAUCAUGAAACGUGUACCGCUGCCUAUUGUUGACUUUGGUACCUGUCAGACCCGCUUGCGUGGCACACGUUUGGGGCAGAAAUUCGCGUUGGAUCGCUCGUUCAUUUGUGCCGGUGGCGUGCGUGGUGUGGAUACGUGUCAAGGAGAUGGCGGCGCGCCGUUAGUCUGUCCCAUUGGCUUGCCAGCGGAAAAUCGAUAUGAACAAGAUGGCAUCGUGUCGUGGGGCAUCGGCUGUAAUGAUGACAUACCCGCAGCCUAUGCGAGUGUUGCGACGGCACGUGAUUGGAUUGAUCAGCAAAUGUUCUCCUUGGGUUAUGGCACCACAUCUUACACACCGGUUUAAAUUUACACACAUCGACGCGUGCAUACAUGAGAGAUUAAAACUUUUGAAUAAAAUUAUUAAAUAAAGAAUA